AUGUUUAGACCCUCUCUUUUCACAUCCAGAUUGCUUCAUCAGGCAAUUUCUUUUAAUGCAGCGGAUGUGUCAUUUGACUUUGAUACCCAAUUAUUAACCGUUUCAGGUGAAGGAACAAUAGAGGCUUCUAUUUCUCAAGAUUAUCGUGAUAUUACAAAGAAAAUCCAAAUUGAAGGUUCUGUUGAAGCCAUCGGAGAUGGUGCAUUCAAGAACUUUGGCCAAUUAACCGAUGUUCAGAUUAUAGCACCAAUUAAAACCUUAGGUGCUUAUUCUUUCCAAAACUGCCUCAAUUUAGCAAAUUUCGAUCUUUCAUUGACAUCUAUCACAUCAAUCAAAGAAGGAUGCUUCCAAAAUUGCGCCAGUUUUUCAAUGAUUACUUUGCCAACUACAAUUACAGAGCUUGGUCCAAAAGUUUUUGCUGGCUGCAUCAGUAUUAACACUAUUGUUAUUCCCUCAACCAUUACAACUCUUUCGGACUCAUUAUUCGAAAAUUGCGAAAAUUUAGAAAUAGUUAGACUUCCAUCCGAACUAACAACAAUUGGAAACAGUUGCUUCAAAGGAUGUGCAAAGCUUGUUAUUGAUGAAUUACCAGAAAAAGUUUCUACAAUAGGAUCUUACGCAUUUUCCGGUUGUCAAUCGUUCGUAGAGUUCACACUUCCUUCAGAUGUAACAGUCAUAAAUGAAGGAUUAUUUGCAAACAACAAGUUACUUUCAUCUGUCAAAUUUUCAUCGAAAUUGACAAAAAUUGACUCUUUUGCAUUUUUGAAUUGCAAUCAAUUCCAAAUAGAUUCAAUUCCAUCAACAGUUACACAGCUCGGCGAAGCAGCUUUUUCUGGAACAUUAAUUGUUAAUUUCACAAUUGAAUCAAAUCUCGAAGAAAUUCCUGCGAAAUUAUUCAUGGGAUGUUCUAAUUUAACAGAGUUAUCUCUUCCUGACACUAUUAAAUCAAUUGGUGACAGUGCUUUCGAAGGUUGUUUUGAAUUAAAUUUAAUUCGAUUACCAGAAUCAGUUGAAUCACUUGGAACAAGAAUUUUCUACAACUGCAAGAGCAUUAAUACAUUCUUUUAUCCACUUGAUUCUAUUCCUGAUUAUACAUUUGCUGGUUGCGAAAAUCUCAGAUUUAUUAUUUACAAAACAAACAUCAAAACAUAUGGAAAAUACUCUUUGUCUGAUUGCAAAUUAAUCAAUACAAUUGAUCUCACAGAAGAUCUCUCUAAAAUUGAUGAUUACGCAUUCCAAAAUUGUCAAAAUAUGAAUUUGACAAGUUUACAAAACGUUUCUACACUUGGAAAUGGAGUAUUUAAAGGCUGCACUUCAUUAACAACAUUUACAAUUCCUAAUAGUAUAACUGAAUUAAGUAAUGAACUAUUUAUGGAUUGUUCAAAUCUAAUAAAUGUUGAGAUGCCAAAUGUCAAGAAAAUUUUUGAUUCUUGUUUCGAAAAUUGCAACAAAUUAAUGAUUUCUGAAUUACCAAAUGGAGUUGAAGAAGUUAGAAACAGAGUAUUUGCAAACUGCCAAUCAAUUAAAACGUUUUCUUAUUCAUUACAAACAUUAAAUUCAUUUGUUUUUGCUAAUUGUUCUGGAUUAGAAACAAUUACUGUUACAAAUGUUAAUUAUUUCGGAGAAUCAUGUUUUAAUAAUUGCAAUUCUUUAAAGAAUAUUGCAUUUAGUGCUAAUACAAAUUAUAUUGGAGAUUUCGCGUUCGAAAACUGCAUCAAUUUGCAAAUAAAUUCUUUUCCAAAUGGUGUCAAAUCAAUCAAUGGAAAAUAUAUUUUCAAAGGAUGUAAUUCAAUUGUUGAAUUCACUUUUCCAGCCGGUUUCGUAUCCAUUCCAGAUGGAAUGUUCAUGGAUUGCAAGAAUUUAGCGAAAGUUACUGUUUCUGAUGGAACUUUUUCACUUGGAAAUGAUUUAUUCAUGAAUUGUGACAAAUUAUCAAAUGUUGUUUUACCUGAUUGUAUUAAUGAAACAAAGAGAAACUUAUUCUAUAAUUGUGUUUCUCUUGAAACAAUCGAAUAUCCAUCAGAUUAUGUUCCAUUUGCUUGUUUCGCUUUGUGCAAGAACUUAAACAAAAUCACAUUCAAGAAAGAAUUAACAGGAAUUGAUGCAUUCGCAUUCUAUCAAUGCGAAAAGUUACCUUUAGUUCCUUUGACAGAAUCAAUUAAAGUAUUAAGUUCUCAUGCAUUUGAAGGCUGUCUUCAAAUAACUAAUGUGAAGUUACCUGAUUCUGUUCCUUAUGUAAGCUAUUUCAUGUUUAGUAAUUGUGUUAAUUUGGAAAGAUUUGAAGCAGGAAAGAAAUUAAUUAGUGUUGAUGAUGGCGCCUUCCAGAAUUGUUUGAAAUUGAAAGAGAUAAUUUUGCCAGAUAAUACAAUGACAUCCUUCGGAAAAUAUUGUUUCAGGAACUGCACAAAUCUUGAAGAAUUCAAAGUUCCUCAAACAAUUUCUUUGAUUUACAUGACAAAUAGUUUAUUUGAAGGUUGUGUCAAAUUGUCAAAAGUCACUUUUACUGAUAGAAUUGAUGAAAUCAGAUCUCUUUCUUUCUCUAAUUGUGCUUUCACAACAAUAGAAUUACCAUCAUCAAUCAUGUAUUUGGCUGAAGACGCUUUCAAUAACUGCAAUUCUUUAAUUGAAGUGAAAUGUCCUCUUUUGAAUUAUCAACUUUACAAAUCGUCACCUUUUGCUACUUGUUCUCAAUUACAAAAAGUGACAAUUGUUGACAACUCAAUUUUCCACCAAAGAAUACCAAAUAAUUUCUUGAAGGACUGCGCAAAGUUAACUGAAGUAAUAAUUGAAACAACAACUUUGGCAGAAAUGAGAGAAACAACUUUCCAAAAUGUAAAUUCACUUAAAACGGUUUCAAUCACCACAAAAAGUGACAACUUAAUUUUACCACUUAAUUUAUUCCAAAGUUCGAAGUUAUCUUUAGAAAAAAUUGUUAUUCAGUGCAAUUCCAUUGAAUUUGAACAGAAUUAUUUCAACGAUUUUGUCAAUAUGAAAGAAAUACAAAUAAUUGGUAAAAAUUGUAAUUUAGGAUUGUCACUUUUCAAAGGAUGCAAGUUAUUACAAAAAGUGACAAUUAAUUCAGCAAAUACCAAGCUUAAUUUAGAAACAGAUUUCUUUGAUAGUUGUGAAUCGUUGUCAGAAAUUUAUUUGACAUUUGACACUUUAUAUAUCGGCAAAAAUGUUUUUGCCAACAAAGAAACGAUCAAAACAAUUUCAAUGAAUUCAAAUGUUAUUUCAUUUGAUGACUGUGCAUUUCAAAAUGCUCAGAACAUUGACUUGAAGUUCAAUGGCUUUGUCACAAAAAUUGGAAAGAACUCAUUCGAAAACACAAAUAUUUUCAAUGAAUUAGUAAUAAAUGGCAAAGAUUUAGUUAUUGACAGUUCGGCUUUCAUCAAUUCCAAAUCAAUAACAAAGAUAAACAUUAAAGGAACUAUUAAAACAUUGGGAGAUUCUUCAUUCAAAGGAUUGACAAAUUUGGAAUCAUUUGAUAUUGAUUCACAAAGUGAAAUUCUUGUAGAUAAUCAUGCAUUUUGUUCUUGUUCGAAUUUGAAGAAAUUCACAACUAAAGGCAAAUUAAAUGUUGGACAAUUCGCUUUCCAUGAAAACAUCAACUUGGAAGAAAUUGAUUCUCAAGGAAUUGUCGCAAUUAGUAAAGCAUGUUUCGCUAAUUGUUCGAAACUUAAUAAAAUAGAUUUGUUGAAAUACACUGAAAUUCCUGAAAGAGCUUUCGAAGGUUGCCAGAAUUUGAAUAAUUUCGAUUUCAUAUCACAAGUCACCAAAUUUGGCGAUUAUUCAUUUUAUAAUUCUGGAAUUGUAGAACUUGAUGUAAUACAAAGCAAAUCAAUAUUUGGAGAAUUUUCUUUCUCUAAGACUAACCUCAAAAAAGUUUUGAUCUCUUCAAAUCAUUCUGAUUUCGGCAAAUCAUCAUUCAGCUUCAAUAAAAACUUGAAAGAGUUCUACUACUGCGGUGAUAAUACAUCAGUAGAUAACUCUGUUUUAGAAGGAUCCGAUAACGUCAAGAACGUAUUCAUUUCUUCAUCAUUCGGAUAUGAAAAUUUCGCUGGAAAGAAUGUAACAACAAGUGAUGUCUGUGGAAGUGGUGGUGAUGAUUCUCACUCAAAGACUGUUAAAAUUACGAUAAUUGUAUCAAUAUCAGUUAUUGUUGUGAUUGCGGUCGUUGUUUUAGUUGUUUUCUUCGCAUUCUGCAGAAGAAACAGAAUUAAAUUACUAUCAAGUGCACCACUUAUUACAAGCGCCGAUUCAUCUGUAUAUUUUAUGACCGCAAAAUAA